AUGGCAGAGAAUGGCACCGUGGUGACUGAUUUUGUCCUGAUGGGAUUCCAGCUUCAGGGGCACCUUCAGACAGGUCUCUUCCUUGUAUUUCUGGCUUUUUAUCUCAUUACCGUGGGGGGCAACCUGGGCAUGAUCAUGCUAAUUCAUAACGACUCUAGGCUCCACACUCCCAUGUACUUCUUCCUCAGUCAUCUUUCCUUCCUGGAUAUUUGCUACUCUUCUGUUAUUGUCCCUCAGUUGCUUGAGACCUUGAGAACUGAUAAAAUGGUCAUCACCUAUGAGCGCUGUGCCAUUCAGUUCUUCUUUUUCACUCUCUAUGCUAGUACAGAGUGCUUUCUUUUGGCAGUGAUGGCCUAUGACCGCUAUGUGGCUGUGUGCAACCCUCUCCUCUAUGCUACAGCCAUGACAACCCAGACCUGCCUGGGGCUGGUGGCUGCAACCUAUGCAGGUGCCAUGAUCAAUUCUGUGGUUCGUACAGGGUGCACCUUCUCUAUCUCCUUCUGUAAGUCCGAUCAGGUGGAUUUCUUCUUUUGCGAUCUCCCACCCCUGCUGAAGCUUGCCUGUAGUGAGACUGGGCCACGGGAGCAGAUAAUCUACCUCUUGGCUUUCUUGGUCAUCACAAUCAGCAUUUCGGUGAUUGUGAUGUCUUACAUAUUCAUCAUUCGGGCUAUUCUGAAGAUUCGUACAGCAGGCGGCAAAGCCAAGACCUUCUCCACUUGUGCUUCUCAUAUGACUGCGGUGGCUCUUUUCUUUGGGACACUCAUAUUCAUGUACCUGAAAGGUAACAUGGGACAAUCCCUCUGGGAAGACAAGAUUGUGUCAGUAUUCUACACCGUGGUCAUUCCCAUGCUCAAUCCAAUGAUUUACAGCUUGAGAAACAAGGAGGUAAAGGAGGCCCUGAGGAAAGUUUUCAAUAGGAUGAGGGGUUUCCAAGCAGAAUAG